CGGCCGCCGCCCGCGUCCCGCCAGCAGCUCUCCGACGGGCAGCGCGCCCCCGCCGCGGCCAUGGCGCAGGCUGGCGUCCUCGGCGAGGUGACCCAGGUGCUGUGCGCGGCCGGGGGCGCCUUGGAGCUGGAGGAGCUGCGGCGCCGCUUGCGGGAGGGCGUCGGCAACGACGCGCUGGAGCGGCUGCUGCGGGACCGCGGCCGCUUCGCGGUGGCAGCGAGGGCGGGCGGCGCGGCGGCCUCCGCGCAGCGCGUCGUGGUGGCCGUCUCGGCGCUGCGCCUGUGCCGCGCGUACCAGAGCCCCAAGCCGGGCUGCGUGGGGCUGUGCGCUCAGCUGCACCUCUGCAAGUUCUUGGUCUACGGGGCCUGCAAGUUCAUGAGGGCCGGGAAGAACUGUAGAAACAGUCACAGCUUGACGACAGAUCACAACCUGAGUGUGCUGAGAACUCACGGUGUUGACCACCUCAGCUACAGUGAGCUCUGCCAGCUUUUGUUUCAGAAUGACCCCUGGCUUUUGCCAGAGAUCUGCCUUCAUUACAACAAAGGAGAUGGACCCUACGGCUCUUGUUCCUUUCAAAAGCAGUGUAUCAAACUCCAUAUCUGCCAGUAUUUUUUACAGGGUGAAUGCAAGUUUGGCACUGGCUGUAAGAGAUCUCAUGAUAUCUCUAAUUCUGAGAAUCUGGAGAAACUGGAGAAGUUGGGCAUGAACUCCGAUCUGGUGAACAGGCUGCCUUCCAUAUACAGAAAUGCUCACGACAUCAAGAAUAGGAGCUCCACUUCCAGCAGAGGGCACCCUCCUCCUCCAGGCCCACAGGCCACUUCUGAAAGAAGAGAUAGUUCAGGUUGUGUAUCCCCAAACAAUGCUAACCAGGAGGAGAAUGAUCAGAUCUGCUUGUACCACAUCCGGAAAAGUUGUAGCUUUCAAGAUAAGUGCAAUAAAGUUCAUUUCCAUUUGCCAUAUCGAUGGCAGUUCUUGGACAGAGGCAAAUGGAAGGAUUUGGACAAAAUGGAGCUUAUUGAAGAGGCAUAUAGCAAUCCCAGAAAAGACAGGAUCCUCUGUGCUGAGUCAGCCAGCAACUUUCACUUUGAUUGUCUAGACUUUGACUCCAUGAUGUUUGGUGCUGCCCCAGCCCGCCGCCUCUCCACAGCCUCCUCGGUUACUAAACCUCCACACUUCAUCCUCACCACUGACUGGGUUUGGUACUGGACUGAUGAGUUUGGUUCUUGGCAGGAAUAUGGAAGACAAGGCAUGGAGCACCCCGUGACCACCGUCUGCAGCAGCGAUUUGGAGAAGGCCUACCUGGCAUACUGUGCACCUGGGUCUGAUGCCCAGGCAGCCAUUCUGAAGUUCCAGGCUGGAAAGCACAAAUACGAGUUAGAUUUCAAAGCCUUUGUUCAGAAAAACCUGGUCUAUGGCACGGUCAGAAGGGUUUGCCGGAGACCCAAAUACGUGUCUCCCCAGGAGGUGAAGGUGAAACAAACCUGCAGUGUCAAGUUUCAAGGCCCAAAGAGCAUCCCAGACCAUUGGGACCCCUCGGCCCUGCCAGACCCUGGCUUCAAGAAGAUUGCCCUCAGUUCUGCAUCGGAUGAAUAUCAGAAGGUCUGGAACCUCUUUAACCGCACACUGCCUUUCUACUUUGUUCAGAAGAUCGAGCGAGUCCAAAAUCUGGCCCUCUGGGAAGUCUACCAGUGGCAAAAAGGGCAGAUGCAGAAGAGAAAUGGAGGGAAGGUGGUAGAUGAGAGGCAGCUGUUCCAUGGCACCAGUGCCAGUUUCGUUGAUGCCAUCUGCCAGCAGAACUUUGACUGGAGGGUCUGUGGUCUUCAUGGUACUUCUUACGGCAAAGGGAGCUACUUUGCCCGCGACGCCGCAUAUUCCCACCACUACAGCAAAUCUGACACCAAGUCCCACACGAUGUUCCUGGCCCGGGUGCUGGUCGGGGAGUUCGUCCGAGGCAGCGCCUCCUUCGUCCGCCCCCCGGCCAAGGAAGGCCACGGCAACGUCUUCUAUGACAGCUGCGUGAACAGCAUGUCCGACCCCUCCAUCUUCGUGAUCUUCGAGAAGCACCAGAUCUACCCUGAGUACAUCAUCCAGUACACCAGCUCCACCAAGCCCGUGGCGGGGGUCUCCACCCUCUUCUCCUUAGCAUCUUUCUUUGGCGGCCGGCAGUGAGCGUGCGGUGAUGCUUUUAGUGCCUUUCAGGCUUCUUGUCCUUGGAGUAGCUGUUUGGGAAAGUUUUCUUCUUUUUUUCUUUUAACAGAAAACUUUUUAAUGAACUGUUCAUUUAACAUUGACUUCCUGAUGAAGUUACAUUCUUAAUCUCUCACUGAUGAUAGUUUUUAGUUUUAAGCCACUUUUGGGCUCAUUAGUAAACUAACCAGAAGUGACUGUAGGUGACUGUAUUUUUAGUAGUGUGUUAAAAUUUUAUUAUUUACACUCUUUGUUGACUUGGCAGCUGAUGGGCACCAGGCACAGAGUUUCUAGAUACUAUUUUAUGGAUUGAUUUUAGAUUUAAGUUGCUUUCUCUGCAGUGAGUGGUUUGGUUUUUCAGGGUCUCAGUGGCAUCUCAUUUAAUUUUUUGUCAGAAUGACACAGUAGCCACCGGUACAGGCGGCAGUCACUGUGUCUGUGGCUCUGAUCCAGGCAGCUCUUCUCCUGGGCUUCUGGCCUUGGAAUGGCCUGUAUAUCACAGGGUUAGAGCAAGUGGCUACUGUGUGGUGUCACCGCAGUCCUGUCAGUUGCCCUGUGUCCCGGCAGGGUCAGCAUCCCUCAGAGGAAGCGCUUUAAUCCUGGCAGGUGACAUGGUCCCCCCAAGGGCCCCCAGGCUCUGCCCACCAACACCCGUUGCCGCAUCUCCUGAGUACACUGGACACCCUCCAGAUGUGGGUUUUAUGUUCCUGUGAGAUUGGAAUACCUGUGCUGCAAAUGUCACAACAGAGUAUGGAAAUAAAAAAUAUUUAUCUGAGGUGGGCAACAA